AUGACGCAGGAUAUCAUCGACAACAUCGCCGCCGAGGGCAUCUCCUACUACACCCCAGCGCAAGUGCCGCCAGCAGGCACGCAAGUCGAAGGAUCAACCAAGCUCUUCAGCCCCCUCACCAUCCGCGGGGUAACCUUUCCCAACCGUCUAUUCCUCGCACCGCUCUGCCAGUACUCCGCCAAAGAUGGAUACGCCAAUGACUGGCACUUGACCCACAUUGGCGGCAUCGUCCAGCGCGGCCCAGGGCUCGCCAUCAUGGAGGCCACGGCCGUGCAGAAAGUGGGUCGCAUCACGCCACAAGACCUUGGUCUUUACGACGAUGGUCAUAUCGAGCCCCUAAAGCGCAUCACUGAGUUUGCCCACAGCCAAAGUCAGAAGAUUGGCAUUCAGUUGGCCCACGCAGGGCGCAAGGCCAGUGCCGUUGCGCCUUGGUUGAGCGGUAAUGCGAUGGCUGUCAAGGAGGUUGGGGGUUGGCCAGAUGAUAUCGUUGCGCCGUCGGCAAUUCCUCAAGAGGAGGGCAUCAAUGCCGUUCCUAAGGUUCUGACCGGGGAGGAUAUCGGGGUGUUGAAGAAAGAUUGGGCGGAGGCUGCGAAAAGGGCCGUCAGGGCGAAUUUUGAUGCGAUUGAGAUUCACGCCGCGCAUGGGUAUCUUCUGCAUCAGUUUUUGAGUCCUGUUAGUAAUCGACGAACAGAUAAGUAUGGAGGUAGCUUUGAAAACAGGGUCAGAAUACUUCUGGAGAUCUGUGAGGAGGUUCGCGCAGUUAUCCCGACCGCUAUGCCGCUCUUGGUCCGGAUUAGUGCCACUGAUUGGUUCGAGUUUGACGAUAACUUGACAAAAGAGUUUCCUGAGAGCUGGACGGUUGCUCAGUCGAUUCGGCUCGCUCUGCUGUUGGCUGACCGCGGCGUCGACCUGGUGGAUGUUAGCUCAGGUGGUAUCCAUGCGAAAUCCGCAAUCGCGAUUCGGUCCGGCCAGGGCUAUCAGGUUCAUUUCGCUCAAGAAAUCAAGAAAGCUGUGGGCGAGAAGCUAUUGAUAUCGGCUGUUGGUGGAAUCAAGACGGGGGCUCUGGCCGAGGAGGUGGUGCAGUCUGGUAUUGAUGCAGUACAGGCUGGACGCUGGUUCCAGCAAAAUCCUGGCCUGGUUCGCGCGUUCGCUAACGAGCUAGGUGUGAAGGUGCGGAUGGCUACACAAAUCGACUGGAGCUUUGAGGGUCGAGGAAAGAAGGCAAAGAAAAGCUCGUUAUAA